UUAAGAAAGUGAAAGCAGGUCUUCAGAUACAACACGUCCACCAACUGUCCAGGUGCUGCUCUGCUGUCCAAGCCUCUCUUAAAAUGAAGGGACUCCCUGGAAAAAUGUUAAGAUCAUCCUUGGCUUUCUUGGCUGGAGCAGGUCCAGGAGUUCCCCUUGUUAUGGUUGUCAUUGGCUCAGUCGGGGAUGUAGCAGUGGCUGCAGUGCUGACCUACGCAAUCCUAGCCAUAGCAAUGGCUGCAUUAAUAUACGGAUUUACAGUUCCAAUGGACUCAGUGAUCGAAAAAUGGCGAGACUUCUCGACCGGUGAUGCGGCCCAGAGUUUGAUCGGGUUCAUUUUCAAAGUUCUGCGAGGUGCUAAACCAAUGACAGUGCUAGGGGUUGUAGUAACUUUAGCCGGUAUGUUUUCACUGUGGAUGGGUAAAGCAAGCUUGCUAAAUCCUCGUCUGGGAAUUGCAAUGGCACUGGCGUCUGAGCUGGCAACAUUUUCAACAGCUACUGCAGUGAUAUUUGUAGUGGUUCUUCAGGAAGUUCAGCCCUUUAACUGGGAUCAAAGUGUGAGCCCAGUUUGGUUAGCAACGGUGGUCCUGAUGGCCCUGGCUGGGUGCUACAUCAUGAGUAAGGUAGCGAAAGUUCUCUGUGUUUUCCUUGCAGUGUGUGCCGCAUGUUUCUAUACCUCACAAAUUGUACUGAUGAUCAUCUUGACACCUAUGCUAGUUUUGAGAGCUUGUCUGUGCCAGUGCGUGGGAGAAGGCCUCGCGUCCGUGCUAACGAUAGCGGUCAUGUCUACAGCAGUCGUUGGCCUGCAAGGUGCGGUAGGACCGGCUGCGCUUUUGAUCCCCUAUAUUUUACUACAUCUAAGUCAACCACACACAAAGUUUGGCCGUGGCUUUGUGUUCUCAACAAUUGAAAUUAUAGCACUCUGGGCAGCAAAAUCCAAUGUGUGGUCAGUGGAAUAUGACCUUAAGCGUGUGCUAACAGUUGCACUUGGAGGGGAAACCAUUCAAGCCUUGCCUUCUGUUGUUAUAUUUGUAUUACUUUUUGGAGUACCCAUAAUGCUCGCCAUAUCCUUCGCAGUAGCAGUACAAAUUCUUUUAAGCAAAGCACCAAAACCUGAAGCUGCAGAUCGUGGCAGGCUUCUGGCUUGGGCAGCCACAGGGGCAGCUGUGGGAUCAGCGCUGGCUUUACGAAUGUAUGGAGCCCAGAAUAUUCUCUUUGGUUUAGGAUGCUUUUUGAUCAUAUCUACUGCUCUGUAUGGCCUUUUUGGGCAGUUCUGCCACCAUUCUGUCCCUAGUAAACAAGCUGCUCAGCAUUGCUCCCAGCUCAGUGACAUGUACAAGACAACCUUCAUCACUGGAUUUGGGGUUGCUGUGAUCCCAGGAGACUUGGGCUUUAUAUUGACUGGACUUGGGGUAUUCGUUACCAUUAAAACUGCCCGACUAAUGCUGGAGCUUCAGGAACAAUAUAACAAGUUCUGGAAGAUGAUGAGCCAUCUGGGAGCGAAGGCAAUGAAGAGGGCAUGGAUGUGACAUACAGGAGCUGGGGGUGAAGCUGGUCCACUGACCAAUUAAUAUUGUAGGCAUCAAAACUACGAAGGACCACAGUUUGAUAAAGAACUAUAGAACUGUGUACCAGCACUACCUCCAGACAACACCGCUGACGGCCUCAAACACAUUAAGAAGACAAGCCAUUCCACAGAUUAACUGUUGACAAGGCACAUCUGUUAACUGAAGACCACUCCAGGUGACCUCAUUAAGCUGAUUGAGAGAAUGAUAAUAGUGUGCAAAGCUGUCAUCAAAGUAAAAGGUGGCUAAUAUGAAGAACCUAAAAUAUAGAACAUUGUGGUUUG